AUGGAACUGCCUGGCGCCUGCCUCUUGUGCUUGCUGCUACUGGGCCUGGUGCUGCCUUAUGCCGAAAGCAGAAUCUUUGAGCGCUCCAUGGAAAUCAGAAAUCCAGAUAUUGACCCUUCCUGGUACACAGGGCGAGGGAUCCGACCGGUGGGACGGUUUGGCAGGCGGAGAGCAGCUUCGGAGAGCAUCCAGAAACUGAGCUACGGGCACCGGCAAGCUUGCUUCCCUAUAGAGGAGAGCAAUGAUUCUGCACAAGAUGAAUGA